GGCGGGCCGAAUGGGCGACGACUUCAUGAACCUCAAUCUUCUUUGAAUAUUAUCAUUAAGUCAACCCAUUGCAACGUCAACAAGAUGUCUACAAUUCUGCGGACUUUGCGCAAUCUGCGCAGAGUAGGUGUCAAGGAUGCUCUUCAUCAAAUGCACUAUCAAGGUGAUACCAAGGCCGGAACCUUCAUCGCAAAGGAUCGAUAUGGCAACAAGUAUUUUGAGAACCUAGAGGAUGAACUACCACUACGCACAAGAUGGGUAGACUACAAGGACGACGAAUUCAGCCCAUGUCAAAUCGAGCCCGGAUGGCACGCAUGGAUCUCAUACAUGGUAGAUAAGCCACCGACCGAAGAUCUUCUCUUGCAGCAAAAACAACCUUGGCAGUUACCAGAUCAUAGACCAACUUUCACUAUGAGCCGUGCUGCUUUCAAGACAUAUUCUACUGUCAAACCGAAGAUUACUGCGUGGACCCCUGAGACUGUUGAAAGAGCGUGAGAUGGAAAUAUGGUCUGGAAUGUACAUAUGCGAACGAGAGAAUGAGAUUAGCAUUGCAUGUGCCCCUUUCUCAGAUUGCUUGCAGAAAUUUAAGUGAGAAUUGAGGUGGAAGUUUUAAACAGCCUGAUUCUGGCACGAUGGUCAUCUCGAGGAUCGAUUGGAGCAGCACGAGAAGACAUGGAUAACUGUUUUACUUAUGCACAAGGUAAGGUUCAAAUUGAAUUCUUUA